AUGGGGAUCGGAGGACGAGUGAAAGCAGAGCGAGUGAUCAAUUUCUUCCCCAAGAGAAAAGACUUGAAAACAGCCUUCAAAUUCGUCCGCCUGCUCUUCUCGCUGAAUUAUACCCGCAUCGACGUCCUCCUCAUCACAGUCGGAACUUUCUUCGCCAUCGCCGCAGGUGUACCGGAACCACUCCUCGGCGUGGUAUUGGGCCAACUGAUCAACGAACUCAACGAAGUCGCCUGCUCAACAACAGUCUACGACCCAUCCUCCGUCCGCAAAAAGGUCCUGUACUUGAUCUACAUCACCAUUUUCAACUUCGCAGCCAUCUACAUCUACGCAUCAUGCUGGGCCCUCGUCAGCGAACGACUAGUCCGUCGCUACCGAAAGUCAUACUUCCGCAGCUUGAUCCGUCAGGAGGCGGCCUUUCACGACAAUCUGCCCUCCGGCCAAGUCAUUUCGCGACUGGUGAGUGACAUCGAGACACUGCAAUCGGGCACUUCUGAAAAAGUCGGCAUCUACAUUGCUACAAUCUCAUACUUUGUCACCGCAUACGUCGUGGCCUUUAUCAAGGUACCCGUGAUUGCGGGCAUAUUGAUCGCGGCGAUCCCGUGUUUCUUCGCGAUGGCUAUGAUCGGGGGUCAUCUUGCGUCGCGGUAUGGGGCGCGCGUGGGGAAGAAUGUUGAUAUGGCUACUUCGAUCGCGUCGUCUAGUUUGUCGCACAUGAAGAUUGUGCAUGCGUUUAAUGCGCAGCGACGGCUUGAAGAUCUAUUUUCUUCGCAUUUGUCUGAGUCGCGGAGGGAUGCUUUGAAGAAAGCGGCUGUGCAUGCGGCGCAGAUGGGGACGCUUUUCUUUAUUGUUUAUUCGUCGAAUGCGCUGGCGUAUUGGAAAGGUGCGCAUUUGAUUGCUGAUUCGAUUGAUGGGUUGAAUGAUGGGGUUUCUGUUGGCGCUGUGUAUACUGUGAUCUUUAUUUUGAUUGAUGCGACUUUCAUCUUCAGCCAGGUAUCUCCUUAUAUGCAUGUCUUCAGUGCGGCUACGAGUGCGUCCGGUCGUUUGUUAGAUGUGAUUAACCGUGGCUCAAAUAUCGAUGGGACAUCAACUGCUGGCGAGCGCAGUGCAAAUCUCGAGGACCAUGAUAUCACUUUCAAAGAAGUUCAUUUUACCUACCCGUCACGGCCGGAAAUACCGAUUGUGCAAGGAUUGAGCUUCUCGAUUCCUGCAAAGCAGCAUACCGCUAUCGUCGGGCCUUCUGGCGGUGGAAAGUCGACCAUCGUAGCUCUUCUAGAACGCUUCUACGAUCCGCUCGAGGGCAGUGUCUGUAUCGGUGAGCAAGAUAUUCGACAAGUCAACGUGGCCAACUUGAGAGGCCAGAUGGGAUUCGUGCAGCAGGAGUCGCAACUUUUGGAUCGCUCGAUUCUGGAGAAUAUUGCCUAUGGCCUGGUAGGCUCUGUUGGGCAUGAGCAUCUCGCCGAAGUCAUUUUGAACAUGAGCCUGACUGAUUUCGUCAACAAGGUUCAAUCUGGAUGCACUGAAGAGCAGGCUCUCGCUGACUGCGAUUCUAGAAUUGCCGAAGUCGUUCGGUUGGCGAGGGGCGCGGCGGAAAGAGCCAAUGCACUUGAUUUCAUCCAGGCCUUGGAGUUUGGAAUCUCUAGCCAGGUCGGCACAUCGGGUGGGAAGCUUAGUGGUGGCCAGAGACAGCGAGUUGCUUUGGCGAGUGCUCUUGUUCGCGAGCCUAAGGUGCUUAUUCUGGAUGAGGCGACUGCUGCAUUGGAUUCAAUGAGUGAGAAGUUGAUCCAGGCUGCUUUGGCGAAACUAUCUGGAGCUGUUACGAUUGUUUCUAUUGCGCAUCGUCUCGCUACUGUUAAGGAUGCAGACCAAAUUGUUGUCAUACAGAAAGGUCGAUUAGUAGAAAGAGGGCCUCCUCGCGUGCUGCUAGAGAGUGACAGCGCUUAUGCGGCCAUGGUCGGUCAACAAAGGGUGGAAAAUGAGGAUAUCGGCUUGUCAAGAUCUACCUCUGUGAGCAGAGAAUAUGAUCCAGCUUCCGAAGAUCCAAUACGGAUGUUAUCGAAAGAGACGACCUUGGAGAAGAAUCAGCCCGCUUCCCUGGAUGACGAGAAGGAGCCGGCUGAGGCUGAGACGGAGAAAGACACCGUCGAUUCGAAAGCAGAGAAAUCCUCGCGUAUAUCGAAAUGUCUGUCUACAAAGACUUGCUUUGCAUUCAUUCGACCCAACCUCCUUUUGAUCGUGAUUGGUCUAUUCAUGUCGGUGAUAAUUGGGGCUAGUUAUAGCUCAAACGCGAUUUUGUUCGGAAAUACCGUCGGAGGGCUCAGUCCGUGCAAGGGUACAGCAAACAUUCGGCACAGCGGAAAUCUCUUCGGCCUUAUGUUCUUCAUUGUGGGAGUUGUUGAGCUCUUCGCGAAUCUCAUUGGUGGUUGUGCAUAUGGCUGGGCUGCGGAUCAAAUACUAUAUCGAACCCGAGUAGCUUCACUCCGAUCACUCCUCAGUCAAACGAUAACGUGGCAUACUUCCGAGGGAAGAAGCCCCGGAGCCCUGGUUGCCUUGAUUACCGGCGAUGCAUCGGCAUUGAGUGGGAUCACUGGGACCACAAUCGGCCUUCUUCUUGCGACUGCCGUCAAUCUUUUUGCAGGUAUCAUCAUCUCAUUCGUGGUCGCGUGGAAAAUAUCAAUCGUCCUUGUACCGACUAUUCCUAUCCUCCUCGUGGCCGGAGUGAUGAAACUGCGAACGCAAAGCCAGUUUGCGGAACGACACAAGAAAGCCUUCUCAAAGGCUACGGAGAUCACCGUUGAAGCCCUGGGAAAUCUACGCUUUGUUGCAGGAUUUUCACUGGAGCAGCAGCUCUACAAAGAGUUCCUCUUGUCAAUGCACAAGCCUCACCAGGACACGACUAAAGCGAUUGCUUGGGGUAAUUUUUGGUUGGCCUCCGCGUUCAGCGUGAGCAAUCUCAUCAGUGCACUUGCAUACUGGUGGGGCUCCAAGCAGAUCGCCUCAGGACUAUACUCCCAAACUCAAUUCUUUAUCGUUUUGCCUGCUCUGCUGUUCAGUACGCAGUCUUGCGGGCAGAUGCUUGCUCUCGCACCGGAUCUUUCAAAAGCAGGCAAGGCUACAUCUCGGAUUGUUGAACUUGUCAACACAAAUUCUGCCAAGGAAAGUCAUGGCGACAGCCAUGCUCUCACAUCAUCAAAGACAGGGAUGGCUUUGAUUUCAGACAUCGAAGCAAACAAGUUUCCCGAAACGUCAUCGACUGGUGCUAAGAAUGAUUAUGCGGCAGUCAGCGCUGCGCUGUUCCAGGUAGACUUUUCCUACCCAAGCUCUCCAGAUAUACCGGCCCUGAAGAAGAUGAGCAUUACCUUCAAACCGGGUGGAUUCUAUGCCCUGGUUGGCCCCAGUGGGUCUGGAAAAUCGACUAUCUUCAGCAUGAUUGAAAGAUUCUAUUACCCUUCCUCCGGAUCCAUCUUCAUCAACGACCAAGACAUAACGCAAAUCGCAUCAUCCGAUUUCAGAGACGACAUCGCCAUUGUUCCCCAGGAGAACGUUCUAUUCGAGGGAACCGUAUCAUUCAACAUCGGCCUAGGCGCCAGACCAGGCUACAAACCCACACAAACCGAGAUCGAAGAAGCAUGCAAACUCGCCCAGAUCCACGACGUAAUAACAUCAUUGCCUGAACAAUACCAAACGAUCUGCACCCACGACGGGAAGCAAUUUUCAGGCGGCCAGCGCCAGCGCCUAUCAAUUGCGAGGGCGUUAAUCCGACGACCGGGCUUGUUGCUCCUUGAUGAGUCUACGAGCGCCCUUGAUGGCGAAUCCGAGCAGAAAAUUCAAGACGCGUUGGCUGGACUUGCUGGGAAGACUACUGUUAUUGCUAUUGCGCAUCGGUUGAGGACUAUUUAUCGGGCUGAUCAGAUUUUCCUCAUUCAGGAUGGUUGUUGUGUUGAUAAGGGGACUCAUGCUCAGCUUGUUGAGCGGAGCGAGAUGUAUCGUGAGGCUGUGGUUCAUCAGUCGCUUGAUAAUUAA